GGAAACAAGGAAGCAUUUGGAGCUCCAGACCUGAUAUACGACAUGGAAACCGCAAAAGAAUUCUACAGGAUCCUGUGGAUAAACACAAUGGACAUGGAGCACCCAACUUUGCUGUGCAGGAAAGAGCAACAAGUGUCUGUCAACUUUUCCAUGGAACUCAAGACCAGGCUCAAGUCUGGCUGGUACCCUCAGCCUGGAAAGACUUCAGACGACUACUUGCCUGAAAUCAAGAGACCAGAGCAGAGGGUGGACUACUACUAUCCACCAAGAACCACAACUGCAGCCACAAUCGACGAUGAACCAACAUUCACAAGGACAAACACUCCCACUCUGGUCAACAGGAACUGCGAAGAACUGGUUGUGCUGUUCCACAACGAAAUACUGGUUGGUUCCAAGGCUGGUGCCUCUGGCAACAGUGCCAUACUCUCGAAAGCCAAGUUUGGAAUGCUUGCAGACUACCCAGGAGACACAGGUGCAUGGGACAACCUGGCAGACCCUUCGCUGUCUCUUCAAUCUCAGUCAGUAUCGUUCAACCCUUCUGUACCCUUCCCACUCAACCCAGCUAUCAGCGGACAAGGAGGACCUUAUUAACAAUAAACAAUAUUAUGCUAGUGAACUGUAAUCAAACUUGUAAAUUAGUUCAUUGUUUGUGCAAAACAGUACUAACAUGUCUAGUC